UGAACGGGAGGUUGGAUCAGCAGUGCUCACAUAAAAGGCGAACGCUGCUCCUGAAAAGCCAGGAGUGUGCUGGAGAGUGAGUGUGUUAGAGGGAGCCUCUCUGACUCUCGCACCAGGGGAGCCAGUCCCACCGCUGGGCGCCGCAGCCAGCACCGACAGACAAUUUGCAUUGCCAUAUCCACCCCCCACCCACAUCCAGAGCAAAGAGGCACUGACAGAUGGAGAGCGGCAAGCAUGGAAUUGACGGGAUUUCCCCACAGUCUGUUACUGAGAUAUUUAAGGCGGCAGAUCUGCAGAUUGAAAUGGUCCAGACGUCAGCCAAGAAGCCAGACCCGAACCAGCUUGUGUUCGGGACUUCAUUCAGCGACCACAUGUUGAUGAUUCAGUGGACGGCCGCAAGAGGCUGGGAGAGGCCACAGAUUAAACCACUGCAGAACCUCUCACUGCACCCUGCAGUGUCAGCUCUACAUUACUCAGUGGAGUUGUUUGAAGGGCUGAAAGCCUACCGCGGAGUGGAUAAUAAGAUUCGCCUGUUCCGACCCAUGUUGAAUAUGCAGAGGAUGCUGCAGUCGGCCAUUCGAGCCUGUUUACCUAUCUUUGAUCCCAACGAGCUGUUGGAGUGCAUCAGGAAGCUGGUGGAGAUAGACAGGGAGUGGGUUCCAUAUUCAAAUGCUGCCAGUCUCUACAUCCGACCAGUCUUCAUCGGAACAGAGCCUUCUCUUGGAUUGAAGAUAACAACAAAAGCGUUGCUGUAUGUGAUCCUCAGUCCAGUCGGACCUUAUUUCUCAAAGGGGACCUUGGACUCCGUGUCCCUUUGGGCAGAUCCGAAAUAUGUCCGGGCAUGGAAAGGAGGAACGGGGGACUGCAAGGUCGGAGGAAACUAUGGUGCCUCACUUUAUGCACAAUCUGAAGCCUUGGCUGCAGGGUGUCAACAGGUUUUGUGGCUCUAUGGAGACGAACACAAUAUAACGGAAGCAGGGACCAUGAACCUGUUUCUUUACUGGAUAAAUGAGAAUGGAGAGGAAGAGUUGGUAACACCACCACUAGAUGGCGUGAUAUUACCUGGAGUAGUGAGACAAAGCAUUUUGGAUCUUACACGCAAGUGGAAUCAGUUCAAGGUUGAAGAGCGCUCUGUCACAAUGAAGGAACUCGUCAAUGCAUCAAAGCAAAACCGGGUCAAGGAGAUGUUUGGUUCAGGAACUGCUUGUGCCUUGUGUCCAGUAUCACAGAUCCUGUAUCAGGGCGAGAACCUGCAUAUUCCAACAAUGGAAAAUGGGCCAACGUUAGCAGCUCAACUCUUUGACAACCUUGCUGACAUACAGUACGGAAAAAUGAAGAGUGACUGGACAUUGCUGGUGGUCUAAAUGUCAGAGUGUAAUUGAAAGCAGAUUGGGUGAAGAGCUGAGCAGCAGGUGGGCUAAAUGUCAGAACAACACAAGCUGCAGUCCGUUGGCUGUGAACAUCUGAUGAAGGUUCCUGACUGCUGUUCACACCAAAGUAAAGCACAAAACAUUUUGUAAUACAGACAGGAAUUAUAAUUGUGUGUAUCGUAGCACUCUCUGUUCACUAGAGGACCAAAGUCAAACCAGCAAUCGAGUGUCAGGCACUGCAGUGUUUUCUCACGUUCUAAUUGAGCUUUGUUUGAUAGGCUUCAGUGCAGGUCCUAUUCACAGGUCUCUCUCGGGUUUUGCAGCAACCCUGUGUGAUGUUGACUCGCAGUGUUACAGACAUUUUGUCAGCCGUGACAUAUGACUAGAUUACCCUCUGGCCAGGAUGUCAGGGCCUGUUGAUUCAGUGUGUUUCACAUGCGGUCAGCAACCGAGCAAGAACGGAAUUUGUACAUGAGCCCUCAUUGAUGAGCUGCUGUUAGGCUAGUGAACCGUACAAAAUGGGAGCUAAUUUUCCCAACCAAACUAAAAUAGAUUAAUGUCUGGAAUUGGGGUCAACAUCACAUUAUAUUUUAUGCUCAUGGAAUCCUAAAUGUCUUUGAAUCAUAUUGUAUCAGUAAUAGUGACACACAAGCAGUGAUCCGAAACUAGAAUUGUAACUGCGUAGUUGUAAGGGUUGAAAAUGCCAAAUAAAGAUUCCUCUGAGUGAAUUGCAAAGCUGUAAGCCAGCCUCAGAGCUCAGACAAUAAGCCUUUAAUAUAUCCCUGACACCUUAUUAUCUACUAUAUCGUGGUAUAAUAUUUACUGUCCCAUUGAGUUUUGAAAGGUAACAUAUAAAUGAAUUCUUCUACAUUUGUUCUUGAAGGUUAGGUAACACCAGGGUCUGUACUUAUUCCUGGUGCUUUGUUACCCUGGAAAUAAAAUGCAAUUUGAAAGGUCCAAGUGUGAGAUUUGAAAAUGUGAGAUUGGAGUCGCAAAUGGUUUCAAUCAGGUCAGGGCGCAACUCGAGUAGAUUUUAAUUUGGGAGGUUUAUUAAGGAAUAUGGAACUAAGGCAGUCAAACAGAGCUGUGAUACAAAUCUAACUCAUAACAUAAUCUAACUGAUUGAUAGAACAGGCUCAAAGGAUCGAAUGGUCUCCUCUUUAUGUUCUUCAAUGACAAUGAGCCCCAUCCUUAGUUGGUGCCUAUCCCUAAUUGCCCCUGGGAAGGUGAUAGUGACUGGUGUUAGUGAGCUGAUGCAGUCACAUGUAGGCCAGAGGAGGUAAGGGCUGCAGAAUUCCUUUCCCAAAGGACACUAGUGAACCAGAUGGGGUUUUAUUUAAUGACAAACAAUAACAGUGACCACAAUUGACAGUAGCUUUCAAUUCCGAUUUAUUAAUCAGUUAAAUUUGUAUCCCACCAGCUGCCAUAGUGGGAUAUGAUUUGGAGAUGCCAGUGUUGAACUGGGGUGUACAAAGUUAAAAAUCACACAACACCAGGUUAUAGUCCAA